GGAUUUCUCGUUUCUGUUUCCGCGCCUCUGAUUGGGUCUCUUCAUAGUCGUUAUCUGUUUUAUCCUCCUCCCCUUCUGCCUCUCUGCUUUCCCUCCUUCUGUGCUGCCUCUACGCGCUUCUCUCUCUCUCUCUCUCUCUCUCUCUCUCGCUGUAAACCUGAAAUCUAUGAAAUAUUAGGUUAUAUUUGCUUGCCUGUCACCUACGAUUCCGCCUAAUUUGUCCUAGCUGAUUUGUCGCAGCCCGUGUUGCCCACUUCAGGUAUACUAAAGGUUUCCCUAAUUUAUCCCGCAUAAUUUCUGGUAAUCUACUCUCUCUCUCUCUCAUCUGGUUGUUGCUUGUGCUUGACAUUGAGUUUGUAUUCAAUCAGUCGGAUCAUUCUUUCUUCAUCAUUUCUCUUUUUAGGUUGGGAGCAACAAACUUGUUUCAAUUGAAGAAUCCAAAUCCAUAUUUUAGACUAAGUGCGCAUUAUAGGAACUUCGAUAAGUUGUGGGGGCAGGUUGAGGGGUGCUCAUUGCCCUUGUUGUUGGAUUUUUAGAACUUAGGAAGUGUAAGAACUAAAAAGUAUUGACAGAUAAAUUUUUCUUCAAGUGAUUUGGUGCUGGUUGAGAAAUUGAAGCAUCUGACCCAUUGAGAUAGGGGGCAUCAGGCAUCAUUGAGGUGUUUUGGUAAAACAUAUGAAACUAUUGAUGCUAAUAGUAAUACUAGGCAUAGAAAGAUUGAAGAAGAUGUAAUGCAUAGAGUUAAAGCAAGUUGGGUAAAAUGGAAAAGUGUUUUGAGCGUCUUGUGUGAUGGUAGAAUGCCCUUAAAAUUAGAAGGAAAGUUCUAUAGAAUAGUUGUAAGACUAGUUAUGUUAUAUGGAUUUGAAUAUUGAGCAACUAAGAAACAAUACAUCCAAUAAGUAAAAGUUGUUGAGAUGAGAACACUAAGAUGGAUGAGUGUUAUAAUGUUAAAAUGUAAAUUGAGGAAUGAACAUAUUCAUAGUAAGUUAGGCGUAGUUCUUGUAGAAGAUGAGGGAGGGACGACUCAAAUAGUUUGGGCAUCUGUAGGUCAAAUAGUGUGCUAGUGAGAAAAAGUGAGUUAGUUACUACGAGAGGCAGUAGGAGGGGUAGAGGUAGACUUAAAAUAACUUGUAAUGAAAUAGUACGAGAGGCAGUAGGAGGGGUAGAGGUAGACUUAAAAUAACUUGUAAUGAAAUAGUGGGUAAGGAUUUAAUAGCCUUGAAUUUGUCGGAAGAAAUUGCCAUGAUUGUAUAAAUUGGUGGAAAAAUGAUUCAUAUAGCCGAUCCCACCUUGUGGGACUUAAAGUUUGGUUUGUUGUUGUUGUGUUGUAGAAAUAACAGAUAUGAUUUUUAAAGGUGAGAAUAUUCGAUGAAACCAACACACAUUUAGAGUGGUGAGUAUUUUCUAUUUAUAAUGAUUUAUAGUUUGUAUACAUUAAUUGUGAUUACAAUAGAAAAGGAAAGAAUAUACAAAAUUCAAUGAGGUCAAUCUCCUAGAAUUAAGGCCUAGAUUUAAGGGUUAAUUAUAUCACAUAUAGGAGGCCUUUGAUUAAGGCGAAGUAUCCUUAACACCCCCCUGGCAAGCUGAGCGUCGGAUUGGAUUGGACGUGGAGCUUGGAUCAAAAGAAGUCAAAUAGAGGUCUAGGGACACUCUUUGUGAAGAUGUUAGCAAUCUGUAAGUGAGAAGGCACACACUGUGUGUGAAGUUUGCCAACGACAACGAGUUCGCGAAGGAAAUGGUAAUCUAAUUCAACAUGCUUGGCCUACUUGUGAGAAAUUGGGUUGGAGCUCAAAAAAAUCGUGCUUUUGUUGUUGUAAAAGAGAAGAGGCCGCUGUGGAAGGGGAACCUUGAGGUCAUGAAGGAGAUGUGUAAGCCAAAGAAUUUCGGCAGCAGUGAGGGCAAGAGCGCGAUACUCGAAUUCACAGCUAGAACGGGAGACAGAUGGUUGCUUCUUGGUGCUCUUGGAAACCAAAUUGCCAAGAUAAAUAUAAUUACCAGAAGUGGAACGAUGAGUAUCCGGACAACCAACUCAAUCAGCAUCAGAAUAAGCAAUGAUGGCAUGGGGAGAAGUGGAUGGGCUAAAUGUUAAGUCAAAGUGGAGUGUGCCGUUAACAUAGCGAAGGAUAUGCUUAACAAGAAAGUGAUCUUUAGUUCUAGUGUGCAGAAAUUGAUUGAUGGAGUUGACAACAUGAGCAAUAUUUGGACACGUGAUGGUCAAGUACUGAAGUGCACCAACAAGAGAUCUGUAGAGAGUGGGAUCAGAAAACGGAGAGCCAUUGGCAAACAGAUGCUAGGAAACAACCAUGGGAGUGUGAACAGGCUUGAUGUCAAGUAACUGAGCCCAAGUAAGAAUAUCCUGUGCAUAUUUUUGUUGAAUGAUGAAGAGACCAUCAGUAGUGGGUGAAGCUUCAAGACCAAGGAAGUAAUUGAGGUGACCCAAGUCCUUAGUGGCAAACUCAUAAUUGAGUUUACAAGUGAAGCUUUCAAGGAGAUAUGAAUUGUUGCCUGUAAUAAUAAUGUCGUCAACAUAAAGAAGCAAAUAAAUGAUAUCAGACUUCUUAUGAAAGACAGAGAGAUGGGUCAGCACGACUGCAAUAAAAACGAAGAUGGAUUAGGGAAGAACUAAAUCAAUGAAACCAGGCACAAGGUGCUUGCUUCAAACCAUAGAGAGCUUUCUUCAAUUGACAUACAUGAUUGGGGAAGCGAGGGUCAAUGUACCUAGGAGGUUGUUCUAUAUAAGCAUGUUCAGUGAGAUAACCAUUGAGAAAUGCAUUUUUGACAUCAAGUUGGCGAAGGGGCCAUUUGUUGGUCACAGCAAGAGAAAGCACAACAUGGACAGUAGUAGCCUUGAUAAUAGGACUGAAAGUGUCAGUGUAGUCAAGACCAGGUAUCUGUGUAUAACCCUGGGCAACAAGUUAGGCUUUGAGAUGCUCAAUGGAUCCAUUGGGAAAAUAUUUGGUCUGGAAAGCCCAUUUGGAGCCCACAAUGUUGGUGUUGGCGGGUCGAGGGACCAAAAUCCAGUUACGAUUAUUUUGCAGUGCUUGAACUUCUUCAUUCAUGGCUGCAAGCCAAGCAAGAUUCUUAGUAGCAUAUUUGUAUCCUUUAGGCUCAGUAACUGCUAGAAGAGCAAGAAGCAGACCAAAGGAUCCCAAGAAACUAAGGUUUGUCGGAUGACGAGUCUUGAAAAUACCAGCUUUAGCUCUUGUGAGCAUAGGAUGAGAACCCAAUGGAAAUACUGCAGCAGGAGUGGAAUUAGCAGCAUGAGAAUUGACACUAGACUCAGAAGGAGGCGGGCUGGGCUCCUUGUGCUUCAAAGAGGAGCCUAUAAGAGAAUCAGGGGUCUGCAAGGACUCAUUCAUUGGGUCAGUACAAUAACAUAGGGGCUAGAUCUGGAUUGAGCAAUGUGUGGGGAGUGUGGUUUAGAGGAAUGGGGUGGAUUUGUACGGAGAAGACUGGGUUCCAAGAAAUUGGAAAUUGGAAAGGAAAAUGAUUUUCAUCAAAUUGAGUCGGGGAGUUACCAUACAAAACCUCAAAAGGUGAUUUACCUCCAAGAAGUGGUGUGGGCAAGUGGUUGAUGAUGUAAGCUGCAGUGCUAAAGGCGUCAACCCCAAAAACGAGGAGAAAUGUGAGAAUGGAAAAGAAGGGCCACUCUCGUGUCAAUCACAUGACGGUGUUUUCUUUCUGCGCGACCAUUUUGGGCAGGUGUAUAAGGACAAGAGAAUUGAUGGUGAAUGCCAGAAUUACAAAGAUGAGUUUUAAAACAAGUGCUAGUAAAUUCAACAUCUCCGUCACUUUGGAAAAUUUUGAUGAGCAGAAUAUUGAUUUUCCACAAACUUUUUAAAUUGAAUAAAAAUAUCAUAAAAAUCAUAUUUUAAUUUCAAAGGGUAAAGCCAAGUGAAGCGCGUGAAUAAUCAUCAAUGAAUAGAAUAUAGUAGGCGAAACCCAAAUUUGAUUUGACAGGGGAAGGGCCCCAUAUAUCGCAAUGAACAAGAUCUAGCACAUUAGACGACCUAUGUUCAUUACGAGAAUGAGGCAAACGAUGAUUUUUCGCAAGUUGACAUGUACUACACAAUACAGGAGAGGCUAAUCAAGAUGUAAGAUAAAGAUGUCCUUUUUUAGUAAAGAAGGAAAUAACGGAAUGAUUCACAUGUCCAACUCCUGCAUGCUAUAAAUCAUAUGAAGCAUGAAGAGAUUUAUUUUUAAGGACAGAAAUAAAAGCGUAAUUUCCACGCUCUAGCACAUAUAAGCCUCCAUAUCGUUUACCAAUUGCUACCACCCUUCCUGUAUUGCGAUUUUGAAUAGUAAAAAGAUUAUUAGUAAAUGUAACAGAUGAAGGAAAAUCAGACGUUAAUUUACUAAUUGACAAUAGAUUUUUGGUGAGAUGAGGAACAACUAAGACAUCUAAUAAGUGGAUAUUCGGGGUAGGAGAAAUUGUACCGAUAUUGUAAUGGGUAGAGACGCACUAUUCUGACAAUUACACAAUCCUUACCCAUGUAGUUAUUUGAGUGAUCUAGUUGAGAUGGGUUUGUUGUCCUAUGGGCCGAAGCUCUAGUGUCCAAGAACUAGUCAGAUUCCGAAACUUCAGAGAGUGAGCACGAACUGUUAAAGGCCUUGGCAAGUUGAGCAGAAGGCUCACUGCGAUCUUCGCAAUGGCGGCACCGGUCAGCAUAGUGACCUUUCAUUCGGCAGAUCUAGCAUCGUGGAGGACGACACCCUUGGCUAGUGUAAGGACAUCCUUGUCCUUGUCCUUGAAUGGAAAUGUUGCUGUUGGGGCCAUUGUUAUGGCCACAUUGGUUGCGAGAAGAGCCACCACCACGGUUAAAGAAAUUCUUGGUGGCGAUAAACGCUGCAGUAGAGGAGGCAGAGGGGUCAAGAGAUUUCUGAAAAAUCUCAAAUCUCUCUGCUUUUGAGACCUAAAAUCCGUGAAUGAUGGGAGAGGAGUAAGUGCCAUUUGAGUGAUGGAGAAGCUUGAGAAAUCAGGCCCUAAGCCGCAAAGGAACCAAUGCACCUUAUUGGUGCCGUCAAUGGGCCGACCAAUCGCAUGGAUUUGGUCACAGAGUGCCUUGAAGGCUUUGGCAUAUGCAGCAACAGGGCGGGAGCUGUGCUUCAUCCGCUGGAGGUCAUCCUUAAGACAGAGUUCACGGGAUUUGGAGCGGUGGUUGAAGGUGUUCUCCAAGGCGAGCCAGACCUCACAGAGGUGGAGAGGCCAAUGACUUUAGCCCUAGUUUUCUCGGUGAGGGAGGAGUGAAGCAUACUAAGGAGACGCUGAUCUGUAGCUUUCCAUGCCAAGUGUUUGUCGUUUGGCAUCUGAGAGUUGGCAGGUUCAAAUCGGGGUGGCGGCAAAAGGGUGCCAUCAACAUGACCCAGCAGUUCUUGACUCUCAAGAAAGGGAAGAAGUUGAGUCUUCCAUAGCAGAUAGUUGGAAGAAGAAAGCUUGAUAGUGACCAUGUGAAUCAUGGUGUUGAAGGGAGGAAUGGUGGAGGGGGAAUUAGAGGCCAUCGGGAUCGAGGGAUGUUAAUCCAGCAAUGACUCUGAUACCAUGAGAAUAUUUGAUGAAACCAUCACACAUUUAGAGUGGUGAGUAUUUUUCUAUUUGUAAUGAUUUACAAUUUGUAUACAUUAAUUGUGAUUACAAUAGAAAAGGAAAGAAUAUACAAAAAUCAAUGAGGUCAAUCUCCUAGAAUUAAGGGAGGACAAUCUUCUAGAAUUAAGGCCUAGAAUUCAGGGUCAAUUAUAUCACAUAUGGGAGGCCUUUGAUUGAGGCGAAGUGUCCUCAACAGAAGGAACAUUUAACAUAAUGUCAGUUGACUCUACCAUUUAUAACUUGACACUUAUUGAUAUGGUCCACCCACAGGGCAACGUUUUUGUUUUUGGCUAGCAAUAAUCACCAAAACUGGUGCUUUUUGUCCCCAAUUUCUUACCAAUAAUAAAAGUGUGGACUUGGCAUAUAAUUAAUUUUAAUCAAUUAAUUUUUUUAGAGAGAGUCUUGUGGGAAAACAUGUUAAUAAUUUGUAUUAUAUGAUGCUUAUUUUAUAUUUAUAGUGUAGCUGUAAAUAAUGCUGCAAUUAGGCAGCAUGCUGGCACAGCAUGUUCCAGAAUUUCUGGCAGCAUUUAGGUGCUGAAAAUAUGCCUGAAAAUAUGGCACCAACUAUGUAAACUUCUUCUAUAUAAUGAUAGCAAAUCCUAUGGAAGGGUAAGACAUUAAGACAAAAAAUGUAGACCCUAAAAUUCCAACAUGGUAUUAGAGCCUGCUGCUGCUUCUUUGCUGUUUCACUCUGGUUUUUAGUUCAAAAACAGAGUAUGGUUUGCAUCUUUUUGUUCAGCCUUCAUUGCUGAAAAUUCUUAGAACCAGUUUCAGUUCUUUUCUUUCGGCAGUCAUAGCCCCUAAAACCUUGGCCUCACUGCCUUAACUCUGUUCAGCCUCCAGUAUGUCUGAAACUUCCGAAACUUCCACCAUGGCCAAACCUGAACCUUUGAUCAACACCAAAACUGAAACCAAGGUAGCCCAUACCAAAUCCCAUUCAGUCCAAAUCACAAAUAUCCGUCUCAAUGAAGCCAACUUCUUGAGAUGGUCUCAGUCAGUUCGAAUGUAUAUCCGUGGGAGAGGUAAGAUUGGCUACCUUACUGGUGAAACCAAGGCCCUUGACAGAGCAGACCCAUCAUAUGCUAUAUGGGAUGCUGAAAAUUCCAUGAUUAUGGCUGCUUGUGAAUGCAAUGGAUGAAGAUAUUAGUGCUAAUUACAUGUGCUAUCCGAUUGCAAAAGAACUCUGGGAUAAUGUUAGUCAGAUGCAUUCUGACCUUGGAAAUUAUUCCAAGAUUUAUGAAUUGCAGCAAAAAAUUGGCAAGCCCCAACAAGGGGAAGAUAAUGUGACUAAGUAUUUCAAUGUCCUUAAGGGACUGUGGCAGGACUUGGAUCUAUUCAAUGAUUAUGAAUGGAAAAGCCCUGAUGAUUGCAACUACAACAAGAAGAUGGUGGAGAAUGCAAGAAUUUUUAAAUUCUUGGAAGGACUUAAUGAUGAGAUUGAUGAGGUCAGGGGGAGGAUUCUUGGUAGACAGUCUCUGCCUCCAAUCGGAGAUUCUGAAGUGAGACGUGAAGAUUGUUGCCGGGAUGUUAUGGUAAAGAAAAAAGGGGCUGCUGGAACAGUUGAGAACUCGGCUUUGGUUGCUGCUAAUCCUAUUGUUUUGGCUGUUGCGAAUUCCUCUGCACAGCGGUCAUAUUCCAAUCAAAAAUCUCAAGUAUGGUGUGACUAUUGUAAUAAGCCAUGCCAUACCCAAGAAACCUGCUGGAAACUACAUGGCAAACCAGCAAAUUGGAAUGGAAAAUACCCAUUCUCCAGCUUGAGGGGGAGUGUGGGAAAACAUGAAAUGGAUUAUUACUCGGGAGGUCAUAUUUGCCAGUGCUUGAGCCAGUUAGCGACACUUCAGUGUGACUCUACAGUCAUAAUAACUGGAGACCGGAAAAUGACGGGUAAGCAGUUCGUCGAGGGUGUGUUGGACCUGGCCUAUGGACUGCUUCAGUUGGGCGUUGGAUCUGGAUACAUUGUUGCCAUCUCUGCUUUUAACAGGGACUUGUAUUUGGAAUGGUUACUGGCUGUUGCAUUUGUUGGAGCGAUAGUUGCUCCUCUGAAUUACCGAUGGAGCUUUGAAGAGGCACGAUCAGCAAUGGAAGUUGUGAGCCCAAUAAUGUUGGUGACUGAUGAUAGCUGUAGUUACUGGCAUUCAGAGCUCCAAAAUAAUCAUAUACCUUCUCUUAGGUGGUAUGUUUUCAUGUGUUCCCAUCCAGAUCGAAACAAUACAGAGAUUGCAUUAACUACAGAAAUGCUCAAGAGCUGUUCUUUAAGGCCUCCAUUUUUCAAUUACUCUUGGGCACCCCAGGAUGCUGUUCUUAUAUGCUUCACUUCAGGAACCACUGGCAGGCCAAAGGGAGUCACAAUAAGUCAUUCUGCAUUGAUUGUACAAUCUCUAGCCAAAAUUGACGUUGUUGGCUACAAUGAGGAUGAUGUUUAUUUGCAUGCUGCUCCAUUGUGCCAUAUUGGUGGGAUAUCAUCAGCUCUGGCAAUGCUGAUGAAAGGAGGUUCCCAUGUAAUAAUACCUAAGUUUGAAGCUAGAUUGGCACUUGAUGCCAUAGAGCAACACCAUGUGACUUCUCUAAUCACUGUCCCUGCAAUAAUGGCUGAUUUAGUUUCUUUAAUCAGGACUAAAGAAACAUGGAAAGGCAAACAGAGUGUGAAGAAAAUACUAAAUGGUGGUGGUAGCCUCACUGCUCAGCUCAUUAAUGAAGCCACCAAAUUCUUCCCAAAAGCUAAGCUUCUUUCAGCUUAUGGAAUGACAGAGGCAUGUUCUUCACUUACCUUCAUGACCCUCUACGACCCAAAACAUGAAAGCUCUAAUCGCUCUCAUCAGAUAGUUGAUGGAAUAAAAUCCAAUUCAGUUCAGCAACUAGAUGUUUUUUGUGUUGGAAAGCCUGCACCACAUGUUAAACUGAGGAUUAGGGUGGAGGAGUCAUCUAAUGUGGGAAGGAUCUUAACUAGUGGUCCUCAUGUAAUGCUCGGGUACUGGGGUGAAGCUCUGGCAAAGACAUCAAGUCCUUGUGAUGAAGGAUGGCUUGACACUGGUGAUGUAGGGCGGAUUGAUGGUCAUGGUAAUCUAUGGCUCAUUGGCCGUGCCAGUGGUCGAAUUAAGAGUGGUGGGGAGAACGUUUAUCCAGAAGAGGUGGAAGCUGUCCUAUCACAACAUCCAGGAGUCUCUUGCAUUGUUGUUGUUGGAGUUCCAGAUGUUCGCCUGACAGAGAUGGUUGUUGCUUGUAUUUGCUUGAAAGAAAAUUGGCAGUGGAUUGACGAUCACUCUACUGUUGUUAGCAAACAACCACACUUAUCCAGUGAUGCCCUCCGCCAAUUUUGUAAAGAAAGGAAUUUAACUGGGUUUAAAAUACCAAAACUUUUUGUUGUUUGGAGGGAGCCAUUCCCUGUCACAUUGACAGGAAAGUUAAGAAGAGACCAAGUUAAAAAGGAUGCAAUAUCUCGUCUCCCAUUCUUCGCCAGCAAUCUUUGAGUACCGCAGUAAAUUUCUUCUACCUUCCCCUUAUGGUAACAACUGUAAAUUGAAGAGCCAAACUUACAAAGUUGUAUACUUUGCUCCGCAAAAAUAGGCCUUAAUAUGUUCGAAGGGGCUAUUAAGACGUAUUGAAAGACUUACAUGUCUCGAGGUAAUCAUACCCCCUAUAAUAAAACCAUGCCACAUAAGCAAGGUGACUAUAGAUAAACUUAUGUGGCAGGUUUAAUAGAGGGGGCAUGAUAAUUCUGAGACACCUUAGUUUUUUUCCAACAUAUUGUAGGUAUUUUUUCUUGAUAAGAGGAGGCUUUAGGUUGUAGCUGUACACUUGCCACGGUAGUCCAGGACUCUUAAGGACAGCUGUCUAUGUAAACAAAAAUGAGAAACAGGAUGAAAGGAGAAAGGCAAGGGGCCAUAUCCUAAUGUUUUGUUAGAACUAGAAAAUUGUAUAUUGUAGUUCAAUUUCCAUCACCCUCAAAAUCGAACUGGCAGUGGAUUUCCAUCUUG